UAAAUGCGCGGUCACACUGCCCUGUUGGCUAAAAUAAUAAUAAAACGCGAACUUUGUGUUUGUUAACUGAAUGCCCGGCCCACAGACACUCGCGUCAGCAGCAACAUCAUGGGCAUCCUAGAGAAGAUUGCUGAGAUCGAGCGUGAGAUCGCACGCACGCAAAAGAACAAGGCCACCGAAUACCAUUUGGGUCUGCUGAAGGCGAAGCUAGCCAAGUAUCGCUCCCAGCUGCUGGAGCCCACAAAGAAGGGCGAAAAGGGCGAGGGAUUCGAUGUGCUCAAAAGCGGAGAUGCCAGAGUGGCGCUUAUUGGUUUUCCGUCUGUGGGAAAAUCCACAAUGUUGUCCACCCUCACCAAGACAGAGUCGGAGGCGGCCAACUAUGAAUUCACCACGCUGACCUGCAUUCCCGGCGUAAUCGAGUACCAGGGCGCCAACAUUCAACUGCUCGAUUUGCCCGGUAUCAUUGAGGGUGCCGCCCAGGGCAAGGGUCGUGGUCGUCAGGUGAUUGCCGUGGCGCGCACAGCCGAUCUGGUGCUGAUGAUGCUCGAUGCCACCAAGCCGAAUGUCCACAGGGACCUGCUCGAGCGUGAGCUGGAGUCGGUGGGCAUUCGGCUGAACAAGCGCAAGCCCAACAUUUACUUUAAACAGAAAAAGGGCGGCGGCCUGAGCUUCAAUUCGACCUGCACCCUGACGCGUUGCAGCGAGAAAAUGGUCCAAUUGAUUCUACACUCCUUUAAGAUCUUCAACGCCGAGGUGCUGUUCCGGGAGGACUGCACCGAGGACGAGUUCAUCGAUGUGGUCACUGCCAAUCGUGUCUAUCUGCCUUGCCUCUAUGUGUACAACAAAAUCGAUCAGAUCUCCAUCGAGGAGGUGGAUCGCCUGGCCCGCCAGCCCAACUCCAUUGUCGUGAGCUGCAACAUGAAGCUGAAUCUGGACUACAUGCUGGAGGCCCUCUGGGAGUCCCUACAACUGAUCAGGGUAUACACCAAGAAGCCCGGCGCACCGCCAGACUUUGAUGAUGGUCUGAUUUUGAGAAAGGGUGUUAGUGUGGAGCAUGUCUGCCAUGCCAUUCAUCGCACGCUGGCCGCGCAGUUCAAGUAUGCCCUGGUCUGGGGCACAUCCACGAAGUACUCGCCCCAGCGCGUGGGCAUUGCCCAUGUGAUGGGCGACGAGGAUGUCAUACAGGUGGUCAAGAAGUAGGCGAUUCGCGAUUCGUUUUGGUGUAACCAGAUUGUUGAUCUUUGUCUCUGGCCCGGUUGGAAAUGAAAUAUAUUCUAUUCUAUAUUUAAA